ACAGCUGAUUUCUGCUGCCGCUGCUUGUUUUGUUAUUUCAUAAUAAUUUGAUUUGUACAUUGAAAUUAGCUUUAAGCUGUAUUAAAAAACAAUGCAAAACACGCGUAAACUAACAAAUCUGGCAAGAUUAAUGCUAAAACGCACAGCAACAAUGGCAACAACAACUGCAAAUCAGGGAACAACAACAACAACAGAACAGACAACACAUUUCGGCUAUCAAACUGUGAAGGAAAGCGAGAAACAACAAAAAGUGCGCGAGGUGUUUGAGCAGGUGGCCCAGUCCUAUGAUCUGAUGAACGAUGCCAUGUCAAUGGGCAUUCAUCGCGUGUGGAAAGACAUCUUUAUUGAGCGCCUGGGACCGCAGCAUGGAAUGCGUCUCCUUGACAUGGCUGGAGGCACCGGUGACAUCAGUUUUCGCUACCUCAAAUAUCUGGCCAAACAAGCGAAUCCACAGCAACGCAUUAGCCAUGUAACCGUCUCCGAUAUCAAUCAACAAAUGUUAAAUGUCGGCGAGGAGCGUGCCCGUCAACUGGGACUGACCGUCGAGCAGUUGUCCAAUGCCAGCAUUGACUGGCAGUGUGCCGACGCCGAGAAGCUGCCAUUCCCCGACAAUAACUUCACUGCCUACACCAUCGCCUUUGGCAUACGCAACUGCACGCACGUGGACAAGGUGCUCAGCGAGGCGUACCGCGUACUGCAGCCGGGCGGAAGAUUCAUGUGCCUGGAGUUUAGUCAUCUGAACAACGAGGCAAUGCAAUGGCUGUACGAUCAAUAUUCCUUCCAGGUUAUACCACCGAUGGGCCAGUUGCUCGCUGGACAGUGGCAUGCCUAUCAGUAUCUGGUGGAGAGCAUACGUCGCUUUCCACGUCAGGAUCAGUUCAAGAGCAUGAUCGAGGAUGCGGGCUUUGUCCAUGCCAGCUACGAGAAUCUAACCUUUGGUGUGGUCAGCAUACACUCCGGCUUCAAGCUGUAACAGCUCGGUUAAAACUUUAAUUUCGAAAAUCUGUUACACACUUUGCUUAUCAUCUGUUUGCCAAGCACGUGCUUCCACAAUUUAAUUUUAUUUCUUUUCUUUUUAUUUUGCUUGUUUCUUCAUUUAAUGGGUUUCUUACAUGUCCACGUUGAAAUUGCAGUUUUAUAAACAUUGUUUAAAGUAAAUAUUACAAAUGCGCCAAAAUUUACGAGCUU